CGCCAUGUUGGAUCCUCGCUAGGAGCGCUCAGUAUGAACUCGGACUUGACACUUAUGACAUCUUUUACAAAGAAGGUGAGCUUAGUUUGACUACAGCUCCAACUGGACCUUUGGACACUGAGGCAGCAAAGUAUCAUACAAGAUUUACCAUCAAACAGCAAAAUGAAACAUGUGACUGUCAGGAUAUACCUCCUCCUCUUCCUGUUCCGCCAUCUUCUGACUUCAGUUAACCUGGAGGAGGUGGAUGAAUUGCCGGUGGAAAUCAUUGUUGACAGCUCUGCCUGCAGCGCUACCUGUGGGCUGGGCGUUAAAACUCAAACCCUUUGCUUACUAAAGGAUGGCGAGAAAGCCAUGGAAGAAGUGACAAGUAAAGAUGGUACAGAGACGGUGUCGGAGGAAUGCCGUGUCCGUAAGGUAAAGUGUCUCGAUUCGUGGCAGUGUGGACUCAGGACCAUGACUGUGACUUCAGGGCAGAGAGUGGAGAUCGACUGUCUGGGAGAAGUCAUGGAGGCGAUGGGGAGGUUCUCCUGGAGGGUUUCAUGGCGUUACGCCCGAGGAAUAAUCACCUCUGAUGACUCUCUGUUUCAUCGCUGGGAUGCUCCUCUGCUGGAUCGAGUGCUUCUGGACCCCAUCAGGGAGGAGGAUGCAGGUACUUAUCGCUGUGUCGUGCAGGAUGUCACCUUACGCAGGGUGAAGAGGGCCUACUGGGGGAUCCGAGUUUUGCCUGUCGGGGUUCUCAAUCUGGACUAUGAAAGCUCUCUGGCCCAGUGGGACUCCCCUGGAAACAAGCAGAACGAGACCGUGUCAGACCAGCAUUACUACAAGGCGGCUCUUCUUUACACAAUGCUGAUCAGUUUGAGCCUGUCAGGCGUCGGCGCUGGAUUGAUGCUGCUGGGCCUCUACUGGACAGUGAAGAGGAGAGAGCUCAAGCAAUUUGACAGAUGUUACUGUUUUUCCUUCGCUCAGCCCACAAACAAUUAA